GUUCGGAGCCUGAGGAGGGGCCUUUAAACUACCAGAGCCUGCCUUAGAAAGUGGCGAAAGGCGGGCUAAUGGAUCCGAGAGCCGCGUGCGAAUGGUUGUUGAAACCAGAUCGGAGCACGGGUCGAUGGAAGACUACUGACUCUCAACCUCUGCCCAUGAUGAUUGAUGGGCAACAACAUUUUGAAGUUGCUAAAAUUCUGGACUCUAGGCUACAUAAGGGCAAACUUCAGUAUCUCAUUCGCUGGAAACAUUUUCCUGUUGAUCAUGAUGAAUGGGUUUCUGUUGCUAAUGUUAAUGCGCCUGAUUUGGUGGCUCGUUUUCAUGCACAGUACCCUGACAAGCCUUCUCUUUCUGCUGUCACUUGACUUUGUUUUCAGCUUUCUUCUG